CAGCGGUCUGGACUACAUCUCCCGUCGGCCCGCGCGCCGCCCAGGCCGCCGCGCGAGGCGUCCGCGAGCCGAGAGUCUGCAAGAUGGCCGCGUGGGGACGGAGGCGCCUGGGCCCGGGCAGCGGAGGCGCCCGAGAGAGGGUGAGCUUGUCGGCCACAGACUGUUACAUUGUGCACGAGAUCUACAAUGGGGAGAACGCGCAAGACCAGUUUGAGUAUGAGCUGGAGCAGGCCCUGGAAGCCCAGUACAAGUACAUCGUGAUCGAGCCCACCCGCAUCGGCGAUGAGACCGCGCGCUGGAUCACCGUGGGCAACUGUCUGCACAAGACCACCGUGCUGGCGGGCACCGCUUGCCUCUUCACCCCACUGGCACUGCCCCUAGAUUACUCCCACUACAUCUCCCUGCCCGCGGGCGUGCUGAGCCUGGCCUGCUGCACCCUCUACGGCAUCUCCUGGCAGUUUGACCCCUGCUGCAAGUACCAAGUGGAGUACGACGCCUAUAAACUGUCCCGCCUGCCCCUGCACACACUCACCUCCUCCACCCCCGUGGUGCUGGUCCGGAAGGACGACUUGCACAGAAAGAGACUGCACAACACGAUAGCGCUCGCUGCCCUGGUGUACUGUGUAAAGAAGGUGUACGAGCUCUACGCCGUAUGAUCGCACGCCCCGAGGGAGCAGGCAGCCGGCCCACAGGAGACAGCAGAGUAUGCAGGUCGCACAGGAACAUUUUUUUGCUCCAUGAGGCAAUGGAGCCCGGGAAGGUGUUUGGUUUAAUAGUUGUUAUUUUUUAAAAAUAACACAGAUCACAAAUGUACCAGGGUUUUUUCAACUCGCCACACUAAGCUGUGGAUUUCUGCAACCCGCAGGGCGUCUGCGGCCAUGGGAGUCUGACUGGGCGUAGAAUGCUGAUGGGGGCUGAGGGGGUGAGUGUGCUGGGGUGGGGUCUUGAAGUUUAUUGUUUAACUACCUUCCAGAGCCAACCAGAAGCAAUUGACCAUUAAAAUGAUGAGAAUUUCAA